AUGGUGAUACAGCAGCCUGGAAACUUUUCUGAUGUGCCUGAUAAAAACGAAAUAAAUAAAAAAAAAGUAGAUGUUUUAGUAAAAGAGUAUUCACCAACAAGUAUAAUAUUAUUAAAUGAAAAUAGUGCUGAAAAAAAUCGAUAUUUAGGUUGGAAUUCAAGAAAAUCUUUUUUAGCUUGGUUAUUAAUUUGUUUUAGCACAGGGCCAGUUUCGGCUAUGGCAAAAACAUAUGUCCCAGUUGUCAUCCAAGAUAUUACUUACACGCUAGGUCAUCCCAAGAAGUUACCGAAUAAAAAAUGUGAGCAGUUUGGUAGUGAUUGUUAUUUUGAAUUCAAUGGUCAUUUGGUUCAAGCAACUGCCUACGUAACAUAUUUAAAGGCUAUUUAUACAAGUUUGGAAGGUUUGGUUGCCAUUGUAUUGAUGGGUAUUGCCGAUUUUAGUAACUAUAGAAAGUGGUUAAUGUGCGUAAGCAUUGCUUUAUUUAGUAUGAUAUGUUUUAUCUUGUUGGGUGUCGCUUGGGAGCAAACUUACGGUAGACUAGUUGGGUCCUCGAUUUUAUAUGUUGUAAUGUUAAUUUGUGAUACAAUUUAUCAAAUUACUCAAGGUUCUUACAUUCCUGUUUUUAUGAAAGCUAAAUAUGAUGAGGUUCAAAACUGUAAUUCAAUGUUAAAAACUGGCGCUACAGUCAGCGCUAUGGGAAUCAUCGCCAGUAACCUUGGUGGUAUUUUGGGUUUAAUUAUUGGAGUUGUUAUUGUGUACACACAUCGUGUUGUUAGUACUUAUAGAAAUUAUUUAAUUGCAAUAAUUAUAGGUGGUGGUAUUUCACUUUUUUGCGUUUCUAUUGGUUCCUUUUUUUUGCCAAACUUUAAGGGGGAAAAGUUUCAAUACAGUAUUAAAAAAAAUGGUUCACUACAAGUAGUUAGCUAUCCAUUUAAAAGAUUUACACGUAUCUUGAAAGAUAUCUACCAAUAUAAAGAAGCUUUCAAGUAUGUUGUUGGGUGGGUUUUAUGGAAUAUUUCUUAUUCCAAUUUCCUAUUUAUCUUUGGUUUGUUAUUUCGUACCACUUUGGGCUUAGGUAAAAGUGCCAGUGAAUAUACUAUUUUCCAAUUUGUCUCUUAUAUCGCUGCCUCUUUAGGUUCGUUUGGUUGGAUGUUAGCUUAUAGAAACUGGAAUGGAUCUCAUAAAGCUAGUACCAAGUUGAUUAAAUAUACUUUAUAUUUUUUAUUAACUAUUGGUUUAUUCUCUAAUAUCUGGGGGUCAAUUGGUGCUUCUUCUAGUAGUGGAAUUGGUUUCAAGCAUGGUUGGGAAUUUUGGUUAUUCCAAAUUUUUUUUACUAGUAGUUCAAGUGCAAUUCGUUCUUUAAAUAGAGCCGUUUAUUCGGCGUUGUUACCUACUGGUAAAGAAAACGAAUACUUUGGUUUAGAAGUUAUGUUGGGUUUGGCUACUGGCUGGUGUGAAUCUUUAAUUAUUGCUGAAAUCCAAAAUAAUACAGGUAAUCUAAGAGUUCCAUUUAUUCCUAACUUGUGUUUGUUUGCUAUUUCCAUUUUUUUUUUCUGGUGGACAGAUUUAGAUAAAGGUAUGAAACAAGUGGGUAAGUUGGAAAAAACGGCGUUAGACCCCUUAACUUCAGAAACUGGUGAAAUAAUAUAA